AUGACUGUACGUGUACCUGCUUCCCUGCGAGAGCUCCGGGCGCAACUUGAGCAACGAGAUGCACUCGGUGCCAGUUCUCGCAGCAUUAGUGCAGGCACUAUGCCUGCACUCGGUUCGGGGCUUCGUAGCCCAAUAUCCGCUCCACAAUCCAACGUGUCGAGCCGCGUUGACCAUGGCUCUCGCGCUCUGCAUGAGCGUGUUGUCGCUCUGGAACAAUCCCAGAGCGCGCGGCUCGCUGCCCUGCAACAAAAGCUGCGCAUCUUAAGAGCGCAGGUCGCAACGGCCGCUCAGACCGCUUCCGACAUCCAAGUCGAACUCGGAUCGAAGCUGGCGAGGCUGUCCGACCGCGUCGUUGCGCUCGAGAAGCAGGCUCACGCUGCUUCGUCGUCCUCGUCGAGUCAUCGACACUAG